AUGGCGGCCGUAAUCCUACGCACGGCGCCUAAGUGGCUGGCAAGCGUUAAAGUAUCGCCACAAACUCUCAGGACAAGCCGACAGUUUCAUCUUUCCGUCAGGAGUUUAUCGGGGCUACAAGACAGCUGGUUCAAGUCUCUGUUUGUGAGAAAGGUGGACCCGCGCAAGGACGCUCACUCACACCUGCUAGCUAAGAAGGAAGAAGACAACCUGUACAAAAUCCAGUUUCACAAUGUCAAGCCAGAGUGCCUGGACGACUACAACCAACUUUGUGAGAGUGUGUUGCCUUCCAUUCAUGCUGAUCCGGAAUACCCGUGCGAGCUGCUUGGAACAUGGAACACGUGGUACGGAGAACAAGACCAGGCAGUGCACUUAUGGCGAUAUCGAGGAGGUUACCCAGCUCUGACUGAAGUUAUGAACAAGCUAAAGCAGAAUAAGAUGUUUUCCGAGUAUCGGCGGGAGCGCGGCAAGAUGUUGUUGUCUCGCAGGAAUCAGCUGCUGCUGGAAUUUAGCUUCUGGAAUGAACCCAAGCCCCGCGAAGGGCCCAACAUCUAUGAACUGCGGUCAUACCAGCUCAGGCCCGGCACCAUGAUCGAGUGGGGCAACUACUGGGCGCGCGCCAUUGAGAUCCGCCAGCAAAACCAGGAAGCCGUGGGUGGCUUUUUCUCCCAGAUCGGAAGUUUGUAUCAAGUUCACCACUUAUGGGCCUACAAAGAUCUUCAGUCCAGGGAAAACAUUCGAAAUGCAGCCUGGCAGAGAGAAGGCUGGGACGAGGUUGUUUACUAUACAGUGCCACUCAUUCAGCACAUGGAAUCUCGAGUCAUGAUUCCUUUGAAGAGUUCGUCCUUAAAGUAA